AGUAAAGGUAGGCGGGAUUUGCCGGAAGGAAUACAGUAGGAGUACGUGCGAAGUGACACGAGUGGUCAGUUAGUUUCUCCAGGUUGCUCCAGUGGAGUUUUUUUGAUCUUGUGCUUUUUUUGGGUUUAAAGUAUAAAAUGACACAUUUGGCGGUGUCCACCUUAAACAGGAGCUUACGCUCUACGGUGCGGCUCUGUAAUGUGUCUCAGCUCUAUACAUCUCACAUUAUAGCAGGAGGAAAAGGGUCUGCGAGGUGGUCUUCAAGGUUCUCCCAGGCGGCGCGUGCUUUACCUGUCUCCAGCAAAUACAGAACAGGUGUGUUGAUGGCCACCGGCGUGUUCGGUAUCGUGGCUGCAGGCGUGUGUCACCUUCAGCAGGCUGAAAUGGCGACCAGGGUGAAAAAGGUGGAGGAAGAUGAGGAAGGAGACGUCGUGGAGAGAUGCAGGAACUUUAUGGCGCCGCCGGUCACUAGCGUGAGCGUGCUGGAGCAGAGGAAGCACGAGAUGAGCAGUAGGAUGGAGAUGCUCAUCAUGGAGACCCAGGCUGAGUUCUGCAGGGCGCUCCAAGAGGUGGACGGAGGGAAAUUCAAGGUGGACCGCUGGAGCCGUGAGGAAGGUGGAGGAGGGAUCAGCUGUGUGUUACAGGACAGUAAGGUGUUCGAGAAGGCCGGGGUGAACGUCUCGGUGGUGUUCGGUCACCUGUCCGAAGAAGCAGCCAAACAGAUGCGCAGCCGAGGAAAAUCUUUGAAGGCGAAAGACGGGAAGUUGCCCUUCGUUGCGAUGGGCGUCAGCUCGGUGAUCCACCCCAAAAACCCCCACAUUCCCACCGUACACUUCAACUACAGAUACUUUGAGGUGGAGGAAGCAGACGGCAAUAAGCAAUGGUGGUUUGGAGGAGGAACUGAUCUGACGCCAGUUUACAUCAAUAAGGAAGACGCUGUUAUUUUCCAUUCUGUUCUCCGUGAUGCCUGUGACAAGCACAGCCCUAAGUAUUACCCCGACUUCAAGAAGUGGUGCGACCGCUACUUUUUCAUCCGUCACCGUAACGAGACUCGGGGCAUCGGAGGGAUUUUCUUCGACGAUCUGGACUCUCCGAAUCAGGAGGAGGCGUUUAGUUUUGUGAAGAGCUGCGCUAAGACGGUGGUGCCGUGCUACCUGCCCAUCGUCCGCAAACACCUCAACGACAAGUUCACACAGCAGGAGAAAGACUGGCAGCAGAUCAGACGCGGCAGGUAUGUGGAGUUUAACCUGGUGUACGAUCGUGUGAAGUUUGGCCUCGCUACUCCCGGUUCCAGGAUCGAGAGCAUCAUCAUGUCCCUGCCUCUCACAGCAAGAUGGGAGUACAUGCACGAGCCCGCUGAAGGCACCAAAGAAGCAGAGAUGAUGGAAGUUGUACGCAACCCAAAGGAGUGGAUCUGAAAACACACACACUGAGACACUAAAGUUACUUAUAACGGUGAUGAUAAAAUCACUGUUAAAUCAUUCUCAGGGUUGACGCUGCAUUGCCGAUGCAAUACCCUAAAACCGUCUCAAGUGUUUUCUGCCUUAUUGUCUUUCUAAACAUCCCGUAUCACUUUUUUUUUUUUUUUUUUUAAAAACACCUUAUCGUCCUGUGUUGCUUAUUUAUAACUUCAUCUUAGUGUGUGAUUUCUACUGAUUCUUCACUCCUUCCUCCUCAGCUGAAAGACUGCUGCUGUAGUAGUUAUUUUUGAAUAAUGAUCAUUUCUGCAGGAGGAGCUGUGAGAUUGGGGGUUGUGUAAUGUGAAUUUUUCUGUGGGUGUAAAACAAAAAUAAGGAAGUUUUUAAUAAUUUUAUAAGAAAAUAAAAAUUCAGAAAGAUGAGUGUAAAAAAAAAAAAAGGACAAUUCACCUCUGAGAGGUGAAGAUGUGGCAUCCACGUGUGGUGUUAAAGGAGUACUGCAGUGUUUUCGUUUGAAUAGAAGUCCAAGGGCAGUUGCUAAAUGUCGUAGAUAAACACAUGAUUGCAAAAUGUGUUUUAAAAUGAGCCGUUUGAUCUUUUUCCCACUAUUGAACAACGUUGUAACAAGUAGUUAAAUUUUUUUGUGCCUUCGUCUCAGUCUGGAACAAUCUUACAGAUUUACAGCUCUGCUCAUGUAUGAACACAACCUUUACUAAUUCAGUUUGCAGUCCAAAAUGCUUUUGCAUGAAAUAAACAUUUAUCAGAAAUAUGA